GUAUGUUUUUUGUGGGAAAAUUAUUUUGUACUAUGUUACGACAGUCUACAUGCGAAGACGUUUCACCGAAUCUUCCAAUACGAGUUUAUUUUUUUUGAGGGGCCAAUUUGAAAGCUUUUAAAAUUAAAUAAACUAUAAAUUAUUCCAUUUGGUGAUUAAUGUUCAUAAUUAUUCGUAAUUAAUCAAAUUAAUAAACCCUCUCCAAACCAAAUUCUUCGUCGGUCAUCUUCACACCUCCAGAAACACGCACACCACGCGAAAUUUCUCUCCUUUUUUUCUGCUCUCUUCAGCAAUUAAGCAUUUAUGCGAGGUUUAAGCUUCAUGAUUUUUUGAGCUCUUUUUGAAUUAUUUUUUCUGUGUUGACGAUUUGUGCCGAAUCUGAGCCGUUGAAUUUGACGAUUCCACCACCAAUGCAACUCAGACCCCGUCAAUUUAGUCCAUCUGUUUACCCCUUUCUGAGCCCUAGUAGAUCCGUGUAGAAAUUUGUCGGUACUCGAUUGGAUUUGGAGAUUAUAAAUUUUCUGCGGUUCAAUCGGGGUUUUGUGAAUUGAAUUCGGUUGAAGAUGGUGGCGGCGAAAUCUCAGGGGCGGCUGUUCACGAUCGGGCUGGUGGCGUCGUGGUACUCGUCGAACAUUGGGGUUUUGCUGCUGAACAAGUAUUUGCUGAGCAAUUACGGGUUCAAGUACCCGAUUUUCUUGACGAUGUGCCACAUGACGGCGUGCUCGUUGCUCAGCUACAUCGCGAUCGCGUGGAUGAAGAUGGUGCCGAUGCAGACGAUAAGAUCUAGGGUUCAGUUCAUGAAGAUCUCGGCGCUCAGCUUGAUCUUCUGCGCUUCCGUUGUCAGCGGCAACAUCUCGCUCAAGUACCUGCCCGUGAGCUUCAAUCAGGCGAUUGGCGCCACGACGCCGUUUUUCACUGCGGUGUUUGCGUACUUGAUGACGCUCAAGAGGGAAGCGUGGUUGACUUAUUUUACAUUGGUUCCUGUAGUUACUGGAGUUGUCAUCGCGAGUGGGGGUGAGCCUAGUUUCCAUUUAUUCGGGUUUAUCAUGUGUAUUGGUGCAACAGCUGCAAGGGCACUCAAGUCAGUGGUUCAGGGUAUUUUGCUUUCUUCUGAAGGGGAAAAGCUGAAUUCUAUGAAUCUGCUCCUCUAUAUGGCUCCUAUAGCUGUAGUACUUCUACUUCCUGUAACACUCCUCAUGGAAGAAAAUGUUGUUGGCAUCACAUUGGCCCUAGCAAGAGAGGAUUUCAGAAUUAUUUGGUUACUGCUGUUCAAUUCCGCGCUUGCAUAUUUUGUAAAUUUGACAAAUUUUCUGGUCACGAAGCACACCAGUGCCCUCACUCUUCAGGUCCUCGGAAAUGCUAAAGGGGCAGUGGCGGUUGUAGUCUCCAUAUUAAUUUUCAAGAACCCCGUCUCUGUCACUGGAAUGCUUGGAUAUUCACUGACAGUCUUGGGCGUUAUCCUGUACAGUGAAGCCAAGAAGCGUACCAAAUGAAGGAACGCGUAGACUUUGAAACCAUUACCUUCUAUGUUGUGAUAUGAAAAGGUGAUACCAUCUGAUAGACGCAAGUUCAGUGAGUAUCGGUGCUGUGCUGUGGGCGUAUGAAAAAGACCCUUUUUUGGCCGGGAAGGCGUGGGCGAGGGCUCCAAACUGUACCAACAAACCAACACCUCAAUAGCUGUGUAGGAGUUUUUAUUGCAUUCGGUCUCGGUUACUAAAUCAGAUCCUUUUUUUUUUUAUCACUGUAUUCUUUCCUCGACUCGACAACGCUACAUGUUAUUAUAAUUCUUUUGAGAUCAUCAAUUAGUGAAAAGAAAUCAAAGUUCUAUAAA